AUGAGUUCCUCACCCACAGGCCCGUAUCUCUCGCCCUCCCGGACACGGUGCGGGAAAGAGCGUCGAAACCCUUCCGUGACGCCGAGACGAUUCGGACGAUUCUUCACUCCCCGGUCAUCCCUCCCGGGAACUACUCUGCGUCUUCCCCUCGAAGCACUCAACAGCUCCGAAACCAACCGUCGACCGCUAUCUCCAGAAUCCUUGGCCAAUGAUGUCCUGAUGUCAGAUCCCAUAUGCUCCUCACCAACCGAGAGAACAGUCCGUGGCGGUGCGAGCAAGCGACAUUGCCCGGAAGGCUCCCUACAGGCUCUUAAGAGGAGACGAGGCUUUCCUAUGGAUGACCUGUCGCUGCCACAGCUACGAUUGCCUGUAAAGACGCCAGAUAGUGCCACAGACGAGAAUGGUCUGGAGCGGCCCGCCAAUGAUGUGCUCGGUGAUAGACGAAAAGCCACCCUUAAUCUGUUCUUCAAGGCUAGUCGUAGUGGACUCCGCAGUACAGAAGAAAAGCCGAGACCAGCAACACCAGACAUCAUAUCUACCGAGAAUCAGGGCCAUGCCACUCUCGAAGGCUACAAACCACAGCCGGUCCGCAAGUUCCGUAACCGCGGAUUCGAAUCACAGCUCCUCAAUCGAGAACAUGGCUUUUCCGCCCAUAAUGGUCACCAUCUCCUCGCCAUGCCAGCCUGCGACCCUCGUGCCGAAACGGCGGCAUACUACAGUCGCAGCACCGAUCUGCACCAAUGCACAGCAUACAAUGGCCCCGGCAAUACGAUACCCUUUUCUCUAGCCAGCUGCAACAAAGCCCCCGUCACAGCCAUCGGUGAUGAGCAGGGUUACGUGCGCCUCUUCAAUACGACCGACGGCGGCAGCUCCGACAACUCCAAGGUGGACACGCACAUUAAGGUUCACGAUAAUGCCAUCAUGGCCCUCGACUUUUCCGAGGACGACCUCCGUUUAGCUACUGCCUGCGGCGAUCGCACAGGCAAGAUUAUGGAUGUUGCCACGCAAACCGUCGCAGUCGAACUGAAUGGCGGGCACUGCGACUCCCUUCGCCAAAUCAGCUUUCAAAAGGGCCAAGCAAAUGGCAGCACACUCGCGACCUCUGACCGAGCUGGCCGCAUUCAAGUGUGGGACUUGCGCUGCUCGCCCAUGCCUGUCAACUCCUUCUCUACCCUCGGUGGCCCAAAUCGGCUCGUCCAGCGCGAUACCCAGCUCGAGCCCAUCGCUGCCAGGACGGUCAACACGAUUGACAACUCGCACGAGCGCAAGGUCAACGGCUACACCAACUCGGCGUCGGUCACCACGAUCCAGUGGCUGCCCACCGGCCGCGAGCACCUCCUCCUCUCCGCCUCCGAGGCCGAUGCUACGAUUAAGCUGUGGGACACGCGCUACAUUAAGCCCCGGCGGCAGCUCGCCGAGACGCCGCUGGCCAUGACGCAGGCGCCGCCCAGCCAUGCGUGGCGCUCCUACGGCACAACAUCAAUGGCGCUGAGCGCCGACACGGCGCGCCUCUACGCCGUCUGCAAAGACAGCACCGUCUACGCGUACUCGACGGCGCACCUCAUCCUCGGCCACGCGCCCGGCCUCCAAGACCACGCCGCCAAACGCAAGCCCGGCGGUGCCCAGGGACUCGGGCCCCUGUUCGGCUUGAAGCACGACAUGUUUCGCAUCCACUCCUUUUACGUCAAGUGCGCCAUCCGCCCCGUACGGACCGCCGGCGGGCCGGAAGUCCUCGCCGUUGGUAGCUCCGACUUUUGCGCCGUGCUCUUCCCCACCGACGAGCGCUACCUCCGCGCCUCAUCCGCCGCCAACUCGCACGUCCUCUCUGGCGAGCGGCCCGGAAGCUUCUCCCUCUCUUCCUCCUUUUCCGCCUCCUCCACACCUGCCGCCGCGUCCACGCCGUUUUGCGGCAGCGGCGGCGGCGCCCUGCCCGUGUACCGCACGGGCACGCCGCUCAUCCGCGGCCACGGGCGCGAGGUCACCACCAUGACCUGGUCCUGCGAGGGCAAGCUCGUCACCGCGUCGGACGACUGCGUCGUGCGCCAGUGGCAGCAGGACGCCCCCGCGGCGCGUCACCUCCGCACCGUCGGCGAGUUUGGCGGCGAGCGGCACAUGGCAGGCUGGGCCGACGUGGCGGCCGACUGGGACGUGGAUGACGAGGAGUAA